AUGGCAUUUGGAGACCUCCUGGAGAAGGAGCAACGUAUGGGCUUCUUCCAAACCAUCCUUGUCGCCCUGGUCUUCCUCCCUCUGCUCAUGGUGGCCUCCCAUAACUUCCUGCAGAACUUCACAGCUGCUGUCCCCAGGCACUGGUGCUACAUCCCGGCGGGAGACAAUGCCACCACAGAGGUGACUGGAGACCAGCUGAAGAUCUACGUUCCUAUGGAUGGCAACCAGGAGCCAGACAGGUGCCUGCGGUUCAGCACCCCACAGUGGCAGCUUCCGGCCCCUAAUGGCACCAGCACCAACGCCACUGAGCCCUGCCUGGAUGGGUGGGCAUACGACAGGAAUGUCUUCAACUCCACCAUCAUCACGGAGUGGAACCUGGUCUGUGGCCAGCGCACUCUUAAGGAUUUUGCCCAGUCCAUCUACAUGGUGGGAGUGCUGCUGGGAGCACUGGUCCUCGGGGGCCUGGCGGAUAGACUGGGGCGCCGGGCGCUGCUGCUCUGGUCCCUGCUGCAGAUGGGUGUGAUGGGCACCAGCGCCGCCUUCGCCCCCAACCUGGCAGCAUACUGUGCCUUCCGCUUCUUCAGCGGCAUGAGUACUGCGGGCGUCAUCCUCAAUGGCACCAGCCUGACCCUGGAGUGGAUCCCAUCCCAGUUCCGGGCCAUGGUGUCCACCAUCCUCUCCUGCAGCCUGACGCUGGGCCAGCUGCUCCUGGCUGGACUGGCAUACGCCAUCCGUGACUGGCGCCAGCUGCAGCUGGCAUCCUCAGUGCCCUUCUUCCUCUUCUUCCUCUACAGCUGGUGGAUCCCAGAGUCCGCACACUGGCUCAUUGUCAACCACAGACCUGAGAAGGCGGUGAGGAACCUGCAACGGGUGGCCCAUAUCAAUGGCGAGAAGCUGGAGGGGGAGGGCAUCUCCCUGGAGACACUGAAGCAGGAGGAAGAGAGCUCAGGGCCCUCCCAGCGCUCUGCCCUGGAGCUGUUCCGGACAGCGCCCAUGUGUGGGGUCACCUGCUGCCUCAUGCUGGCCUGGUUCUCCAACAGCUUCUCUUUCUUCCACCUGGCCCUGGACCUGCAGCGCUUCGGGGGCAUCAGCAUCUUCCUGGUGCAACUGAUCUUUGGCGCUGUGGACAUGCCCUUCCGCGUGGUGGUGGCUGUCAUCGCCAACCGCCUGGGGCGCCGGCUCAUGCAGGCCGCCUGCUUGGUCCUGGGGGGACUCUUCAUCCUGGCCAGCGUCCCCAUGCCGCAGGACAUGGAGGUGCUGCUGAUUACCCUGACUGUCCUGGGAAAAGGGCUCUUCUCCUCCUCCGCCAGCUGCUCCUACCUGUACACCACUGAGCUCUACCCCACUGUCAUCAGGCAGUCAGGGAUGGGGGUCACCUUCAUGAUGGCCUGGCUGGGAGCGGUGGCAGCCCCCAUGGUGGAGAUGACCCAGGCUUUUGUCUCCUUCCUGCCCCUGCUCCUGUUUGGGGCAGUACCCAUCACAGCUGGCAUCCUGGUCAAUUGCUUACCAGAGACCUUGGGGGUUCCACUAGCCCACACGAUGAAGCACGUGGAGGACAGGUGGAUCCCAGAGUCCGCAUGCUGGCUCAUUGUCAACCACAGGCCUGCAAUGGCGCUGAGCAACCUGCAAAGGGUGGCCCGGAUCAACCAGAAGCAGCUGGGUGGGGACAGCAUCUCCCUGGAGAUGUUGGAGAAGGUCGGGGGCAGCCCCACUGGGAAAAGCACCUGCUCCUGCCUUCGACUCUUCCGCACACCAGCCAUGAGACGCAUCUCCUGCUGCCUUAUGAAUGUCAGCAGCUUCUCUACCAACCUGGCCUACUUUGGGCUCUCCAUGGACCUGCCAACCUUUGGCCUGGACAUCUUCCUGGUGCAGACAUUUUUCGGGGCCAUUGACAUUCUGGCCAAGAUGGCCUGUGCUCUGGCCCUGAGCUACUUUGGACGCCGAGCCAUCCAGGCCAGCUCCCUCAUCCUGGCUGGUGUCUUUCUCCUGAGGAACAUCCCUGUGCCCAGAGAGAUGCUGAUGGUGCGAUUGGCUCUGGUGGUGCUGGGAAAAGGAUGCCUGGCUUCCUCCUCUGUCUGCUCCUACCUGUAUGGGGGAGAGCUCUUACCAACUGCUGUCAGGCAGACAGGCACUGGCUUCAUCACCAUGAUGGCUCGUCUGGGCAGCAUGGUGGCCCUGGUGGUGCUGGUGGCCAGGCAGCAAUUUCCCUUCCUGCCGCUGGUGAUAUUUGGGGUGGCUCCCAUCGUGUCCGGCAUCGCCGCCUGCUUCCUGCCAGAGAUGCACAACGUCCCUCUGCUGGACACCAUAGAAGAAGUGGAGAACAGAGCCAGGAGGAAAGGCAAGGAGGCAAUCGCCGAGGAGACCAUGGCUCACAUUGUCCACUCAGCCAGGAUCUGA